AUGGUCUGUUAUAAAGGAAACGGAGUAAAGGUCAAGCUCAAACUUAUCAAUCCCUUGCUCUUUAUAGACAAUAGUGAUUUUUUCCUAGCAUUUUCCAGUUUUUCCAAUCCUUCUCUACUUGCGAAGCAGCUUAGCAAUAAAAAGAAGUUCAUCAUUUCACGCUCAGAGUCUGGCUACAAUAUUGUGCAGAACCGUAUUGUUUUGAUUAAUUUAGAUAAAAGCCCACAAGAGGCUUUUUAUGAAGUCUUCCAAAUCAUUGUAAAUGCAGAGCCUUCCCAAGAAGGAAAUAAGAAAAUUAAAAGAAUUCUUUUGGCUUUUCCUGAAAAUCCAGACCUAUGACUAUAUGCAAUAGAAGAAGUAAUAAAAGCCCUGUUGAACAGUUCUGGCAUAAGAGUAUCACUGACUAUAUGCUUGAAAAGCCAAGAAUUAGAGAUAAUAAAAAGUCAUUUGAGGGAUUCCAAUUUUCAUACUGAAUUAAAUGUGAAUAACGUAAAAAGGCUUAGAAGAUACUUUUUUUCAAGAUUUAUCUGUCAAUCUUGCUCAGAGUUCGCUUAUAAACCUUACGUUUCAAGAUGCUGCUACUCAAUUUAUUGCAAUUCAUGUGUCAAAAAUUUAUAUUGCAAGGUGUGCAAUAAUCGAUGUGAAUUUGAAAUUAAUUUAGCAAUAAAAAAAUUAGUCAAUGAAUCACCUUAUUAUUGUAACUGUGGAGAAUCGAUAAAAGUAUUAUUUUUUGUGCAAAAAAGUGAUUUAUUUUAUAUUUACUUUCUUAAUUUUUUAUAGGAAAAAGGGAAAAGAAUAUAUGUGCUAUAAAAUAUAGCUUAAAAAUAGUAUAAAAGACAUUGAAAAUCAUAUGCUAAGUUGUGCAGCAAGCUUAUUUCGCUGCAAAUUUAUAGGCUGCUCUUUUGAAGGCUCCCAAAUAGAGCUUAUGGAUCACGUUUUUCAAUUUCACACAGAAACAAUACUAGAAAGAAUGAAUGAAUAUGCAGAAAUUGAUAUAAGCCAGAAGCAGCGGCUUAUCCAAUGCAGAAUGUGUGGAGAUUUUAGCGAAUCUCAAUGCAAAAAUUGUUUAAAAAGCCUUCCAAUAGCUAAAAAAUUAUAA